AUGAUAAGACAUUCAAUCAAAUCAAUUAGUACCAAAACUAUUUCAAUUAGAUGUUUCAAUACAUCAUGUAUGAGAUUAGCCAAGGGUGAUGAGUCAACAAUUGAUUCAUUUAGAUUACCAUCUCAAACUUCAAUUAAUGAAUGGGAAUUUAAGUAUGAUUAUAUUCCAAAAACUUCAGAACCUAAAAUACCUCCAAUAUCAAAAGAAGCAGUCAAACAAGAUAUUGCUCAUGAAAAAGCAAAAUCUGUUGAACGUGAAUUAUUUGCAAAAGAAUCAAAUGCAUCAGUUAAAGUAGAAGCUAAUAAUGCUGAAGUUUUACAUGGUGGUGAAACAAUUGGUACAGAACCGGAAUAUUUAGAAGAUAUAUCAAGUCAACCAAUUGAUGUUACUAAUCCAAAUGCAAAAAAUUCAACUAAAUUUAAAAAAUCAGUAAAUCACGAUAAAUAUGUUCAAUCAUCAGUUAAUCCAGAAAUCAAUUCAGGCGAUAUUCAUAAUUUAAGUGAAGGUGAUGUUGAUCAUAAAAUUGAAAAUGUUAAACAAUCACCAGUUGUUGAAGAUUUAGAACAUGAUAAUCUAAAUCAUGAAGGUCAAACAAAGAAGGAUGAUACAAGUAGUAGUAGUAAUACUGGAUUAGGUAUAUUAGCAGUUUUGGGACUUGGAGGUGCCGGAUACUACUAUUUCAGCUCAAGCUCAUCAAAAGCUGCGAAAAAAUAA